CGGAUUCCCCUUCCUCAGGUUUUCUCUUUUACUCUGUUUGCAAUGCUCUAAAAUAGGGGCACGAGAGCAACUUGGAUCCAAAAGGCUGCAGAUCAGGUCCUGGGUGACGAUUUACUCUCCUUUCUGCCGGUGGUUGUGGGUGUCAAUACGAAUGGCAGAUGAAGAAAUUGGGUCUAUGCUUAAUCGGGUCCGUCUUUCAGAAGAUGAGAACGGCCACCUAGACAAUAGCUGUGAAAUAGCCAACGAUGAUCUUGAUCUUUUGGAUGAAACCUUUAUUGCAACUACACAGUCUCUAGCCGGUGAUAUGAUUGCAGGAAACCAGGAGCAUUAUGAGACUAUAGCUAAUGUUGCAAGCCAGGUAGAAGGACAUAAUGAUCAUGCUGCUGGGGAUCUGGAGGCAAAUAAUAACGUGACCAACAAUGCAAGCCAAAUGGAAGGGCACAAUGCUAUUGGUGUGGGAGAAAUUGCAUAUGAAACAGUUCAGCCCCUUCCUACUACUGUAAGAGAAAUGGCUUCGGCAGGGAAUAUGGAACAUGUUGAUGGUUUGCCAGGUUUGAUGAGUGACCGAUUAGUGGAGAUCCCCUUAGCCCUUGGUUUAGAUGCUAUUGAAUAGUUACCAAGGCACGAAAAUGGAGCAAAAGGAGGUAGGGGCAAAUGGAAACGAAUCGAGUAUGAGGUGGGGUCCUCGGUGCAUAUGGAAAAACUUACUCAAGGAAAAAGAAAGGGUAAUACAGCAAGUUUGGGGAACAAAAGGCUAAUAAGGUGCUAUUAAAUAA